GUUAAAACAAAAAAACUUAGUAUUCCCCUUUCUUAUUUUGAUUUUAUUAUACUAACUAGUCUGAUUUAAUUUUUGCAGUAACCUCUCUUAUCCACCAUGUCUUUUCAUUGGUGUGAUAACUUACAUACAGCGGUUUUUAGUCCUCGAGACUAUCAAGUCGAACUUUUGGCAGCCGCCUUUGAACGAAACACGAUGAUAUGUUUGGGCCAUAAGUCUUCCAAAGAAUUUAUCUCUCUUAAGUUAAUGCAAGAACUAGGCCGUGAAACACGUUCGGAGAAAUCUAAAAUAAGUAUUUAUUUAAGUGUCAAUAAAGCUCCAGCUAUGUUCACCAUGUUGCAGCAUUUAACGGAUUUGAGAGUAUAUCAGGAACCUUCUGCAGCACCAAGUAUUGAACUACCAGAGGGUUAUCAUGUUUAUAUCUUACAUCCCAAAACCUGUUUGAAUUUGUUAAAUGAGGAUAAAAUACAAAUGAAAAACAUAAAUUUAUUGGUUUUGGAAGACUGUCAUCAGGAUAAUGUACAAUGCGAUAUUAUAGCGAUUUUUAAGAAUUUUUAUAUACCCCAAGAGCUGAAGUACAUGCCAAAGGUAUUGGGUUUGGCUGGUCCUCUACAUAGUGCCGGUUGUGCUUUAGCAGAACUUUCAGCAAUGCUUAAUACUUUGGAAAAUACAGUGCAAUGUAAAACGGAAACUGCUAGCGAUAUAGUUACAGUAUUAAGAUAUUGCGCCAAACCCUUUGAAUUCAUUGUCCAAUGUGCGCCUUACAAACAAAGUGAAUUGUGCUCUUUACUACAGGACAUUCUAUUGACUCGCAAAGCGUUUCUUACUGAUCAUCGUUACGACCCGUUUGAAAUUUAUAGUACUGAUGAGUUUCUAGAAGAAUUAAAAGACAUACCAGAUCCUAAAAAAGAACCACUUGAAUUUUUAGAUAUUAUGCUACAAGUUUUAUUAGAAAUGGGUCCAUGGUCCGCCGAUAGGGUCGCAUUCAAUAUGUAUCAACGCAUAGAGAAGCAAAAGAUAAAAACUCCACACGAACGCCACUAUAUUCUUUUAUGUCUAGUAAAUACAGCUCUCUUAGAAGUUCAUGCUCUAUGUGAGCAAAAUUUUCGAAAAUUUAAGAAUAAUCAUAAAGACUGCGUAGAAAAUUAUUCGAGCCCAAAGGUGUUGAGACUGUUGGAAGUUUUAAGAUUGUUUAAGCCAGAUGACAAUAUAAGUAAAAAUGAUACAAUGAAGCGCAUAAGUUUAGAAUUAGAUUCAAUGGAUUUUCAAAAACUUACUCGUAUUCUGGAAACCAAAUGUCAUUCAGUUGAGCAAGCUGUUGAAAAACAACAGCUAGAGUCCCGAUCAAUAGUUGAAAAUCUCGAUUCGAUUGUUAAACCUGAAUUUCACAUGAAAAUGACAAACGAAAAAUUAAACUCUGGCACAGAAGUGGAUAGUAAACCUGUAAGCAAUACCAAUAAGUCUGAUGACACAACUACUUCAAAUAAAGCUCAACCAUUAUCUAACAUAAAUCGUCGUCAAUCUGGUGGACAUAAUCAUAAUCGUCCCAAGAGACGACCAUUUCGACGUCAUCAUCGUGAUCAUCAUGAUGCCGCUGACACUCUGUGUUCUAUAAUAUUUUGCAAUUCAAAUUACAUAGCCCGAGUACUUUUUGAAUUGUUGGCCGAAAUGAGUAGACAUGAUCCCGAAUUGAAAUUUAUUAAAUGCCAAUUUACCACGGACCGAGUAGCCGACCCAAUAACCGAACCAAAAGAAGCCGAGGCAGAGCAUCGAAGACAAGAGGAAGUUUUAAAACGUUUUCGCAUGCAUGAUUGCAACGUGUUAAUUGGUACAUCUGUUCUGGAAGAGGGAAUAGAUGUACCUAAAUGUAAUUUGGUAGUUAGAUGGGAUGCUCCCUCUACAUACCGUAGUUAUGUUCAAUGUAAGGGAAGAGCUAGAGCGGUACCAGCGUAUCAUAUAGUAUUAGUCGCGUCUGACUGGAAAGAUUUAACAAAUCUAGCGACCACAAAUGAACAAAUCAAAGACAGAAGUCAUCGUUUAGUAUGCAGUUUAGAAGAGGAUGAAGACAAUUGUAUAACCGAUUCAGAUAAUUCGGAAAAAGGCCAAGAAGAUGAUGACGACGAAGACGGAGACGAAGACGAUAAAAUUAAUGGCAUUUCUACGAAAAAAAAGUUUGUAUAUGGUUCCAUUAAAGGUACAAUAAAAAUAUUAAAUCCAGAGGUGAUAACUAACAAACAUCCAUCGAAACCUUCUACAAUUAGCAGUGAUUUAAUAUUGAAAGAAAUCAAGGAUGAAACUCUAGCUAUAGAAGACAUACAAGAGCACAACAUAGUUAAUAACGAUGUCGAAAAUAGUUAUGACACCACCGCUAAUGAUAAGAACUCUAACAAAACAGUAUUGAAUGAAGGUGAUAACAACACUUUAAAUGAUUCCAUUAGUUUAAAUGAAAGCUUUAAUUCCAAUAAAUCUGUGAUAAAAGCAUGCGAUACUCAUAAAGUGAUUGACAUAGAAGAAAUAAAUGAAAGUAAUAGUAACAUGGCCGAAUCUCAUUGCGAAAAACAUAAUUCUGAACCUACAAGUUCAUCGAAAACGAAUGAUGAUUAUACAAUGUUUUAUAUUGAUGAAGAUCUGAAAAACUUGGAAAUUAAGACCAAUAAAAUCGAUCAAUCCUCAAAUUCUGUUCAAAAAGCGAAGGAAAAGAAAAAAUUCGUUUGUUUGCUCAGCGAGUUCGAUGAAUCUGACGGAGAAAAUAGUCAAUCUAUAUUUGAAAUCAAGCAGUUUGAAAAUAUGGAUAAUACAACAAAUACAAUUGUUCAGCAAAUGGCAGAAUAUAGGGAAAUUGAAAAGAUGCUUCUUCAUAAAUGCGCCAACAUAGAGCCUCCAGAAAAUGAACAUAGAGAAGCCGACAUUUUUAACAAAUGCAUUAAACCGUAUAAACCAUUGGUUCGUCUACUAACGGGCGCAUCUGUAGAUUUAAGUAAUUCAAUAGCAUUAGUAAAUAAAUACUGUGCCAAAUUACCUAGCGAUACGUUUACUAAACUAACACCACUAUGGCGUUGUGCCCACACCAAGCGUAAUAAUAUAACAAUGUACCAGUACACCUUAAGAUUGCCAAUUAAUUCACCGUUAAAAUAUGAUAUUGUUGGCUUACCAAUGCCUACACAUAUUUUAGCUCGUAGAAUGGCUGCAUUACAGGCCUGCAUUGAGUUACACAAAUCUGGAGAAUUAGAUGAUAACUUACAGCCUAUAGGCAAGGAAGGGUUCAGAGCAAUUGAAAUGGAUUGGGAAAACUUCGAAUUAGAAGAACAAGAUGAAAAAAUAGUAAUGGAAAAUUCUGAACCAAGACCGGGUACAACUAAAAGAAGGCAAUACUAUUAUAAAAGAAUUGCUUCAGAGUUUUGCGACUGUCGACCUGUUGCUGGUGUACCAUGUUACUUGUACUUACUGGAUCUCACUCUACAAUGUCCCAUACCGGAAGAACAAAACACUAGAGGUCGCAAAAUAUACCCACCAGAAGAUGCGUUGCAAGGUUUUGGCAUUUUAACUCUCAAGAAAAUACCUAAAGUUAGUUCGUUUCCUAUAUUUACUCGUUCGGGAGAAGUUAAGGUUUCUUUAGUUUUACAUCCGCAACGUGUGGUACUAACUGAAAAGCAAAUUUCUUGCAUUAACACGUUUAUUAAUUACACAUUUACCAAAGUGUUGCGUUUGAAAAAGUUUUUAAUGCUUUUCGAUCCAGAGUCUACCGAAAAUUGUGUCUUUAUAGUGCCCACGGUCAAAACGGUAGAUGAUGACAAGACUAUUGAUUGGAAAUUUUUAGAGAUAAUAGAACAGAACGCCAAUAUGAUGCCCACCCCUGUGCCCGAAGAAGAACGUCAUGCUAAAGAAUUCUCAGCAGACAGGUUCAAUGAUGCUGUUGUAAUGCCCUGGUAUCGCAAUCAGGACCAGCCUCACUACUUCUAUGUAGCUGAAAUAUGUCACCAACUGUCUCCCUUAAGCAUGUUUCCCAGCAAGAAAUAUCGCACAUUUAUGCAUUACUAUUAUUUAAAAUACGGCUUGAAAAUUCAUCCAAAACAACCGUUGCUAGAUGUGGACCACACCAGUGCAAGAUUAAACUUCCUUACACCUCGCUACGUCAAUCGUAAGGGUGUAGCUUUGCCAACAAGUUCUGAGGCAACUAAAAGAGCUAAACGGGAAAAUUUGGAAUUGAAGCAAAUACUUGUGCCAGAAUUGUGUACUGUGCAUCCAUUUCCUGCCUCGUUAUGGCGUACUGCAGUGUGCCUACCUUGUAUUUUGUACAGAAUAAACGGUCUGCUGUUGGCUGAUGACAUACGCAAGAAAGUUGUAAAAGAUAUGGCUUUAGGACAAAUUGAAUUAUCUGAAGAUAAAGAUUGGCCUAUGUUGGAUUUCGGCUGGUGUUUAAGUGACGUUUUGAAGAAAACGAAAGCCAACAAACUCAAAAACACUGAUGAUGAUAAUGACGGGGAACAAUCAGAUGGUGAAAAUUUCGGUCAAAAAGAUAAGAGUAAAAAGGCUACGCCAAAUGAUCCAGAAGUUCUCGACGAUUUAUUAAAAUCGGACAAACAAGAUAAGACUUCUAUGGACGAAGAAAGCAAUCCUGACGAUGUGCCUGGUUUUGUUGAAAUAGGAACAUGGUCUAAUGAAAUGGCUAACAAUUUGGAUUAUAGAUUUUAUGACUCUGAUACGGAUGAUGAGGACUACGAUGAAGUUUUAAACGAUUUAAUUUCAGUAUCCUACAAAAUUAAUGAAAAUGCAGCUAGAGCAACAUCCCCAACCUUCACCGACAUACAGUUGGAUGAAAAAGAUGAUAUGCCACCAAUCAAAAAACCUAAAGCGAAGAAACAAGAACCUGCCUUUGCCUACUAUGACUCAGAUAUAUCAUAUGCCGAAUCAUGUUUUGACAGUGAUGUUGAAAUGAUUGAUGACACAGAGUCCACCGAUGAAGAUGACAUAGUUAUAACCUCAAAGAAUGAAGCUGAAACUAUAGAAACCGAGCAGGAUAUAGAAAAACUUAAUAAACAACUUUCAAUUAUACAAGCGACAAAAGCCAAUGAUCGGGAUUAUCAGGAAACUAAAAAUCUUCAAGUGGGUUACAAUUUUCUGGAUAUUAAACACGAAAUUUCAGAGAAUUUAAAACAAUCUAUAGAACAAUUUGAAAAAUCAACUAAACAAUUAAUAUACGACAUACGAAAUUCAGGUAUGUUGGUUGAGUAUGAUCGCAAUAUAAAAUUGCCCGUAAAAAUCAAAGAAUCGAACAAAGAUAAAAAUACAUUAGAAUUGUGUUUAGACACUUUUAAGCAAUUUAUACCUUACGCAACCGAUUAUGACUUUAUGAAGUUUCUGUCGAAUGAUCAAGCUCUUAAUCAAGCCUUGAAUGUUGAUCAGCUAUACUCUUUUAAUUUGAAAUGGUUAAGCAAUCACCCCGAAGAGUUGUAUACAAUUGAUGGAUGUGGAGAUCUGUUUGACAGCUUUAAUGACUCUCCAAAACUAAUUUUGUCAGAAACAGGAAAGAAACUAAUUCGUAUCGACUUUGAAAGUCAGGGAAAGGAGUAUAUCAAAGAAAAACAAAUGCAAGAUUCCUCAAACGAAUAUAGCAAGAAUUUGAAACAUUUUCCUGUAGAGAACUUUAGUUUCGAUUAUCAACCCGACUUGUCUACACAUGCUGGGCCUAGUCCUAGUAUUAUACUACAAGCCCUUACUAUGUCAAAUGCAAAUGAUGGUAUAAAUUUAGAAAGACUGGAAACUAUAGGUGAUUCUUUUUUAAAAUAUGCCAUUACCACCUAUUUGUAUAUUACGUAUGAAAAUGUUCACGAAGGAAAGUUGAGUCAUUUGCGCUCAAAACAAGUGGCUAAUUUAAAUCUCUAUCGCUUGGGCAGGCGAAAACUAUUGGGCGAGUAUAUGAUUGCUACUAAAUUUGAGCCCAGCGAUAAUUGGCUGCCACCGUGUUAUUACGUACCCAAAGAAUUAGAAAAAGCUUUAAUAGAAGCCAAAAUACCUCCACACUAUUGGAGUUUAGUUGAUUUAGUCAAUAUUAAAAAGCUGACAAAUGCUGAAAUCUGUGAAUUGGUUCGUAAGAAGGCUGACGAGUGGGGUUGCAAUUUUUCGGAUCAGGAUGUUGGUGAAGGAAACGGUGGCAACAUAACAACAGCGAAUCACGAUUGGGAUGAUCCGAAUCACGUUCCUUUUGAGUUUUCUUGUUUCAUACCAUAUAAUUUAGUAUCACAACACAGUAUUCCAGAUAAAUCUGUAGCCGAUUGUGUUGAGGCUCUAAUAGGUGCAUAUCUUAUUGAGUGUGGUCUAAGAGGAGCCUUACUAUUUAUGGCUUGGUUGGGUAUUCGAGUUAUUCCAUACGAACGUGUACCAUAUAAUUCUGAUAAAGCAAGAGAGUCAGGUAAUACUUUGCCCGAUAAAGAUGGAAUGAUAACCGUUUAUGGUUCAUGGACUCCACCAAAAUCUCCACUGUUGCACUAUACACCAAAUGCUGAAAAAGAGCUUGACGCCUUACUGGAGGGUUAUGAUGAAUUCGAGAAAAAUUUGGGUUAUAAAUUUCGAGACAGAUCUUAUUUAUUGCAAGCCAUGACACAUGCUUCUUACACACCAAAUAGAUUGACGGAUUGUUAUCAACGUCUCGAAUUUUUGGGUGAUGCAGUGUUGGAUUAUUUGAUAACUCGUCAUUUAUAUGAAGACCCUAGACAACAUUCACCGGGAGCGUUAACAGAUCUACGAUCAGCAUUGGUCAACAAUACCAUAUUUGCGUCAUUAGCAGUUAGACAUGGCUUUCACAAAUACUUCAGACAUUUGUCGCCAGGCCUCAACGAAGUUAUUGAUCGUUUUGUGCGAAUACAAACUGAAAAUGGUCAUAGUAUAAGUGAAGAGUAUUAUUUGUUGUCCGAAGAGGAAUGCGAUGAUGCUGAAGAUGUUGAGGUACCAAAGGCCUUAGGUGAUGUGUUUGAAUCGGUAGCAGGAGCCAUAUUCUUAGACUCAAAUAUGUCCCUAGAUGCUGUAUGGCUAGUUUACUACAAUAUGAUGCGUCCUGAAAUAGAACUAUUUAGCAAUUCUGUGCCAAAAUCGCCAAUAAGAGAAUUAUUAGAAUUAGAGCCUGAAACUGCAAAAUUCGGCAAACCUGAAAAGCUAGCGGACGGCCGUCGAGUUCGAGUUACGGUCGAAGUAUUUUGCAAAGGCACUUAUCGUGGAAUUGGUAGAAACUAUCGAAUAGCUAAGUGCACUGCUGCGAAAUGUGCUUUACGUCAAUUAAAGAAAAAGGGUUUAGUUGAAAAACGAGUAUAAGCAAAUCCGCGAACCUAAUUUCAUGGGUUUUUACUUUUAUAAUUUUUUCUCUAUUUAAGUAUAAAUGUUGUGUAGUUAGUUUGUAAUUAAAAAUAUACAUGUCAUAUUGUGUUAAUAUCGCAAACAAUUUUCAAAUAAUACCAUUAUGUUUUAGUAACAUUUUUUAAAAUCAUUGUAACAAA